CCGUGUUCGAUUCUCAUCAGUGUAGUUCGAAACAAAUUCAAAGAACCACAAUUUGGAUAUAUGUUCGUGUGUUUUGUUGAUAUUUGUUUCGUGAUGUAAUGGGGGGACUGACCGUUUUUUUAGCUUUUAUAAUGAUCCAAAUAUGCCAAGUCGCUCACAUACUGGUGAAGGAGCUCCUUCCACACCUGACUUUGAUUUUAUUUCUUUCUUCUUUGAUAUUUUUUUCCAUUUUGGUCCACCUUCGUUUCACUUACUGGACUAGAAGAGGGGUGAAACAGAAAUGUACGUGGCCUUUCAGGGAUGAUAUGAGUAGAAAAAUCAUCGAAAAAAGACCAUUCGGUGAUAUGUUGAUGGAUAUUUACAAUAGGUUUUCUGGUACAAGAUAUGUGGGUUUUUAUCAGUUCCAUAAGCCAAUACUAAUGUUGAAGGAUCCAGAUCUGAUUAAAUUUGUAUGCGCGAAAAGUAACCUUUUUUUCCAGGAUCACACAAACCUAGUACCACGAGGCUGUGAUCCUCUAUGGAACAAGACAAUUUUUGCCCUCAAAGGUCAAAGAUGGCUUAGGGCUCGUUCCCACUUAACCCCCUUCUUCCUCGACGGACGAAUGCGGAAUUUAUACGAGGUGACUAGAUCCUACGCCUACGACUUAACCAACUCACUGGUGCCCAUCCAGAGUAGUACUUUAGAGGCCAAUUUCAAAGAACUGUUCGCGGAAUGCGCCACUGAAGUUGUGGCUCGAACAGUUUACGACCUGCAGAAUAAGUCGUUCAAAAAUGUCAGCAGCAUGUUUUACUCCAAGCUGAGGGACGCCAGUGAAAAUUACGGGACCUGGAAUCUGAUCAAAGUACUGCUGGUUCAGACGUUUCCCUGCACUGGGAAGUUGCUGAAAGCGCGUAUCUUCAGUGAAGAUCUGAGCGUAUUCUUCAGCCAGAUAACAGAUAAAAUAAUCCGCCACAGAGAAGAGUUCGGUAUUGAAAGGCCAGAUUUGAUCUCCCUCCUUACGAAUAUAAGGACUAAAGAGAAUGACAGUUACGCCAUGAGGACUAUAAUGAAACACGAUCCUGGAGCUGACAUCUCCAAGGAAUUGAUCGAACGAGACAUGUUAGAAGCUGGUAUCGAUCUAACUGAGGAAACUAUAGUUGCCACAGCUAUGACAUUCUUCUAUUUCGGGUACGACAUCAUCUCAACCGUCUUGUGCUUCUUGUUUUAUGAACUGGCCAAAAAUCCUUCCAUCCAGAAAAGACUGAUUAAGGAUUUGGAUAACUUGAGGGCCAAGCACAGAGUGCUUCCUUUCAAUGACUUGUUCAUGCUGCCCUACCUCAGCAUGGUGAUAUCAGAAACUUUGAGGAAGUGGCCCCCUAUUUACUUCACUGAGAGACGCUGCAACAGAUCCUUCACCUUCACGAAGCAGUCACCUAACGAAAAAAACGUCCACCUUUCUGUCGGAGACAACGUUUGGAUACCCAUAUGGGCGAUUCACCGAGAUCCAAAGUACUGGUGGAACCCAGAGGUUUUCGAUCCUGAUAGGUUCAUACCACAAACUCAAAACACCAUACUCCAUCACACCUUCAUACCCUUCGGUUCUGGUCCAAGAGGUUGCCUAGCUUCUAAAUUCACCAUAAUGCAGAUCAAAAUAAUCGUGAGCGAAAUUUUGACGAUCUUCGAGGUGGUUCCGGUCAAAAACACACCCCAACACGUAGUUCUGGAUCAUAAUACUUUCAAUCUGUCCCCCAAAGAUGGUAUCUGGUUGGGGCUCAAGAAGAGAUUCAUUGCUAUUCUGCAGUUGAAUGUUAAUGACAUCAACAUUACAGUACAAUGCACCAUGACAUUGAUCUAUGAUUUUGUGUACUACUAUUGGAAAGACAUGGAUUCAACAGUUGUGACAGUUUCAGUCCUUUUGUCCGGUUUUGUACUUUAUAUUUGGCAUUAUAGUUACUGGACAAGAAGGAAUGUGAGACAAAGAUUGCCAUUUCCAAUAUUCGGAGAUAAUUUUCGUCAUUUCUUUCGACUCAGCCCCUAUCAUGAAGUAUUAACUUCCCUUUACAAUAGUAAAGGUUUUAAAAGGUAUGUGGGGUUUUAUCAGUACUUAAGACCAGGCUUGAUGAUCAGAUGUCCUGAACUGAUUAAAAGGAUUUGUAUAAGGGACCAGCAUUUCUUUCAUGAUCGCAUAUCUUUCUUACCGAAAUCUGCAGAUGAAUUAUGGAACAAGAAUUUAUUCGCUCUUCAAGCAUUUUCAGGGGAAGAAUGGAGAGAAAUGCGCGACACACUCAGCCCGUCUUUCACCGGCAACAAAAUGAGGACAAUAUUUGGUCUGGUCGAAAAAUAUUCGGAAAAAUUCUGCGGGUUUCUGAACGCCAUAGAGGAAGACUUAAUCGAGGUGGAGCUCAAAGACCUGUUCACCAGGUUCACCACAGACGUCAUAGCCACAGUUGCCUUCGGUCUAAACAUAGAUUCUUUGAACGAUCCCGAAAAUGAAUUUUACGUGACAGUGAACAAGGCGAUGAGGAGCACCAACUACUGGAAAAAUUUCAAGUUGCAGAUGACUUUAAUAUUUCCAAUAUUUGGACGUAUUUUGGGAGCGAAUAUCUUCGACGAUGAGGUCAGUGAUUUCUUCAGGGAUGCCAUCAAGAAGGCCAUCGAAUAUCGGCAAGAAUCAAAGAUCGAGAGACCGGACAUGCUUCAGCUUCUCAUGCGAGCGCACGAGCCAGAUCCUGAGGAUGAUGAAUCCACAAUUCGUAGAAAACUCAAACUCGACCACGAUGAUAUAACGUCUCAAGCACUCGUAUUUUUCUUGGGCGGAUUCGAAACUGCGUCUAACGCUAUGUGUUUCAUGGCGUACGAGUUAGCCACCAACGAAAAGAUCCAGACCAAACUCAUUGAGGAGAUAGAUGCCUACAAGGAGGAGUUUGGUCUCUUAACCUACGAUGGUCUCCAGAGGAUGCCUUAUUUGGAUAUGGUAGUAUCUGAAACACUCAGGAAAUGGCCCCCGCUGUUGAACAUGGACAGGAUGUGCGUUCGUCCAUACACGAUCGAAGCGUUGAUGCCAUGGGAACGUCCUGUCGAGAUCGAAAGGCACACCCUUAUCUGGAUACCAGUCUGGUGCAUUCACCGCGACCCAAAUCUUUGGGAAAAUCCAGAAGUCUUCGACCCCGAAAGGUUCUCCAAGGAAAACAAGCGUAAUAUCUACAAAGGAACAUAUAUUCCCUUCGGCAUGGGCCCAAGAAGCUGUCUGGGGGCUAGAUUCGCCCAGAUGGAGAUAAAAGUGUUAUUCUACGAACUCUUGAGGAGAUUCAGGAUUGUUCCACUUAAGAAAAGCGAGAUUCCUUUCGUUCCUCUGUCGCACAGUUUUAGCCUGGCGAGCGCUAAAGGCUUCCAGUUUGGCCUCGAGAAGAGGCACUACGCCGAAGAAUGAAGCCCGUGAUAGAAGAAGGUUUUAUGUUUAUUUUAACCUGAGAAUGUGUCACUGAAGGUUUCAUAACUGAUAUAACUAUAUUUCCUUGACGGAAUAAUCAUAUCACGUGAUGAAAAACCAAAGUUCUUAUUGAAUAAACCAUUAAACAUA